AUGGUUAAAACAAGUAAAACUCAAACUUGGUUGGCAGGGCUUGAUGAGGAAGAGAGAAAAAAAGGUCUGAUAACUGCACUCCGCCAUCGAAAGCUUGUUCAAACAAAAAACGCAGAAUCGGAAAAAUUGGAAAAAGAGGAGUUUCUUCCAAAACUUCAGCAAACUCAAGCCGAUGUUGAUAGAAGAAAGAAUAAGGAAAUCAAUCAAAUGCAAAAUCAUCGAUGCCGGCGUGAUAACAGCGAGACUGAUCAUUGCAAUCACAAUAUUUUUUCUGUCAUGGCAGCGGCGCCUGGAAAAUCAUAUAAGUCCGGAAAAAGUUUCAAUUUUGAAACUUUCUUUAAUGAAACUAAAUUUCAAAUCAAUCUUUUCGAUAAGAUGUUUGAUCAAAACGACGAUCAACUCUCAAAAAAUGUGGAAAAUCUUUCGACGAACCUCAUUCGACUUUAUUCUAAGAUUUAA